UCGAGCCGCUGUGACGUCACCGUUGCCAAACACGCAUGGUCAGAAAUUAGGGGUAGCCCCAUUGUUCUACAGUGGAUGCAUGUUGGUAUUUUUGGUAUUUUAAUCUGAACUUUUAAGACUCAAGAGCAUCUAUUUUUAUAAACUAAGAUGAAGAAUUUGUCAUCAAUUUGCAACAUAUGUGUACGCCAGUUUUCGAGAACACUAGGAAGUCGUUUAGAAUCACAAAAUGGGAUUCGACAGGUCAGAAGGUACUCUGUAGAUCUAGCACACACUGUUUACCAAGGAGAUGCUAGUCUUGCUAAUGUUAUCAUAGUCCAUGGGUUGUUUGGAUCGAAGAGCAACUGGAGAACCCUAGCAAAGCGUCUUACCAAGGACACUGGAUGUACAACAGUUACCGUGGAUGCACGUAACCAUGGUGAUAGUCCUCAUGUGGAUGUAAUGACGCUAGAAUUGAUGAGCCAAGAUAUCAAGUCAUUAGUAACUGAUAAAUUAGGACUGUCAAGCUGCAUUCUGAUUGGUCACAGUAUGGGUGGAAAAAUUGCCAUGGUUACAAGUCUGAUUGAGCCCACACUAGUUGAUAAGUUGGUAGUUGUGGAUAGUGCACCCAAGGCGCCAAAGGCCAGUGAAGAUUCAUGGGUAAAGGCCUAUAUCAGAGCCAUGAUGUCCGUGGACUUGAACAAAAAUCUUUCAUCAUCUGAACUAAAGAAAUACGUUGAUCUACAAUUACAAAAUACAAUGCCAAAAAAGUCAAUUCGACAAUUCAUCAUGAAGAACCUACAACAAACUGAUUCUGGGUUUGAAUGGCAGCUAAACCUCAACGCUUUAUUGCAGAACCAUGACGCUUUGGUUGGCUUCCCUCAACAUCAUUUCACAUUUAAGAAGCCUGCACUCUUUGUUAGAGGUGGCCUCUCGGACUAUAUACAACCAUCUGAUUAUGCUGAAAUAUUAAGAUUAUUCCCAUCAGCGGUAGUUGAGACUAUAGAGGACGCUGGUCAUUGGGUUCAUUCAGAAAAACCGAAUGAUUUUCUAAAUGUGGUGGAACGGUUUAUAGAAAAUGAGCAGGUUUGAUAUGACAUAAAUAUUAAUAUUACUAUUAGUAGGUAUUAUUUAAAAUAAAUUAUAUAUAUAUAUUUAAUAUCGUGUUGAUUUGUGGUCUCUUAUGUAAAAUAAAUGUAUACUAUAGUUUCCCAAAUAGAACAAAUUACCAUCUGUAGUGUCGUAUAAUAUUCAUUUAUGCAUUACUUCAUUUAAUGUACAGCCUGUACCUUUACUCAUACUUGUUCCCCAGCAACUGCACUGUACAUUCAAGUUUACAAUCAAACACCACACCAUCAACAUUGGCCAUCUUCAAAAACCUUGCCUUUUCUAGGGCCAGUCUAGGCCACUAUAUAAGCACCUACUCACCUGUGGCAGGGCAAAAAUUAUCUCAUUCCUUUGCUCAAGUCACAUGUGCAGGGGUCCAGGACUGUUAGGGUGAUGGCAGACAGCGAGCUCUCAGGGAUUUUGUUGUGCCAUUUUUUUAUUUAUUUUAUUUUUCAUCUGAAGCGCAUAGAAGCUUUCUUGCAUUUUGUUAUUAUAUGACCUAGAAAGGUAUUUUUUUAACAGCGAUAAUAAAAACAAUAGUACAAAAUUCAGUGCAAACAUAAACAUGUAUUUAUUUCAGAAUUGCAAUUUCAGAUGUCAUUCAUUAAUUCAACAAAAUGAGAAAAUGCCUACUGUCAUAUGAUUGCCAUUCACCCUUAAAGCAUAACAAAAGGUGCCUAGUAGUACUGCUCUGAUAUAGGAACAAAUGAUCUGUAUCAGUUGUAUAAAAAGAGCUAAUGGCAGGAAUUGAACCCAAGACUAUUGCUUUCAGGGUGAAUGUCAUACUGCUAGACCACAGAAGCCUGCUAGUACAUUACUGGAUUGUAUGUACCAUAGCGAAAAUAGAAGAGUUCUAUUUUCUCUAUGAUUGUACUAAUACAAUGAGCAAGACUAACCCACUGAUAAUAAUACACAGUAAUUUUCACAUUAAUAAAGGUAUAAGUACCUCAAACUGUUGGUUUUUUUUGCAAUUUAAUUACAUGCUCCCUAUACAUUACUGGUGGGUGCCCUGAAUGUGUACCUGUGUGUGUAAUAUAUAUGCAAGUGCAAAUAUGUGAAUGUAUUCUUAAGCAAAAUGUGUGUGUAGUAUAUUAAUGAGUUACAUAGUUAUAGGACAUACAAAUGUAUUCUAUAUGUAGUAUGUUAUGUAUUUUAUAUAAGUUUCAGUGUAAUUAUAUAUGUAAUGUUUCCCACAACAUUGU